UGACCCUGUAGAGUAUCUAUAGGGUCUAUGUGGGGUCCCUAUAGAGUCUAUAUGGUGUCCCUAUAGGGUCCUUAUGGGGUCCCCAUUGUGGCCCUAUAGAGUCCAUAUGGUAUCCUUAUAGGAUCCUAUAGAAUGUUUAUGGAGCCCCUAUAAAAUCCCUAUAGAAUCCCCAUUAAGUUCCUAUAUUGUCCCUAUAGGAUCCUAUAGAAUCUCUAUGGAGCCCCAUAGAGUUCCUAUAGGGUCUUUAUAACACCCCUAUAGCCCCCAUUGCACCCCUAUAGGGUCCUAUAGAAUCCAUAUAGAACCCCAUAUGCCUUAUAAGGUGAGAAGGGGGCGGGGCUUAGGUGAAGGGGGCGUGGCUAACAGCAUGGCCCCGCCCCCUUUAGCCGAAGCUCCGCCCCCAGCCCCGCCCCCAUUGGGUUUGUGCCCCGCCCCCAACGUCUUCGAUUCUCCGUGGGGCCGGAAAUGGGGCCGGAAGUUCAGAGAGCACGGAGACACCUGGAUAGCCUGGCGGCCGAUCGUGGAGCUUCAAUUGCCUUCAGCCAUGAGGGAUUACGGCCGGGGGGGGCCAAUAGGGAGGAGGCCCUUGAUGCACGUGGCCCUACAAGUGGCCUUCUAUAGGUUGCACGGCUCCGUCAGUGCCUGCGCGGAAGCUCCGCCCCUUCGGCCCCGGCCCCUCCCCCACCCCACCCUCGUUUUGCCCCCGGGGCCGCGAUGUCGGACAUUGGCCAAAGCAAUGGAGGAACCCAACAUAGAGCCGGAAGUGCUGAGGGAGCUGCUGUGGGAGGCGGUGGAGGCCCAACAGCAACGGAUGGAGGAGGUGGCGGCGGGUCAAGGUGCAGAGCGUCACCUUCGUGCUUUGGGGCUGACGGCCGUAGCGGGGGGGGAACCACUUCCGGAACUAUUCCGGGAUCUGGGAUACGCCAAAGCCACCCAUUUCCGCCUCUGCACCCUGCAGGUGCGCUCAGCGCGGGGCUGCCUCCCCAUCAAGGGUCCAUUGGUUCCAGAUGGAUACGGCAUCGGGGUGGGCCACGCCCCUUCCACUUCCGGCCACGCCCACUCCACUUCCGGCCACGCCCACUCCACUUCCGGCCCCACCCACCCCACUUCCGGUCCCUCCUACCCCACUUCCUGUUUGAUGGAGCCCACUUCCUGUUUAGAGGAUCCAUUUUUUAACCCCUCUGAGUUCACUUCCGGUCCCUCCAACCUCACUUCCUGUCCACAAAAGCCCAUUUCCGGUCAUGAAACAUCACCUGAUCCAUCCCAGCACAUUUCCGGUUAUGCCGGAUGCACUUCCGGUUGUGAAAAAUCCACUUCCGGUCAUGAGGAGCACACUUCCGGUCACAUGGAGCCCACUUCCGGUCAUGAGGAGCACACUUCCGGUCAAGAGAAGGUCAUUUCCGGUCAUGCGGAGCCAACUUCCGGCCACGCCCCCUUACGCGUGGCCGUUUCCGCUUUCGCUUCCUGCGGGGGGACGGGGGCGGAGCGUUUGGGGGCGGAGCUUCGGGCGGCUCUCGACCAAUUGGGAGCCUUGUUAAAAGGACAGCGCCCCCCUGCGGCUGGGGGGUGACACGGCAGGAAGUGAAAGGGGGGAACCCGGAAGUAAAGGGGUGGGACCGGAAAUGGAAGAACAGGAAGUGGGGGGUAAAAAAUGGAGGAAGUGGAGGGGGCGGGGCCGGAAAUGACGUAGAGGGAACCCGGAAGUGGGAAGCGGGGGGGGGGGGGGGAGCUGAAAGUUGUAAGAAACCCCAAAAUCCUUCAAAUUCACCCCAAAAUACUGGAGAAAUACCCCCAAAUCCUUCAGUUUCACCCCAAAGUAUGGAGGAAAUAGUCCAAAAUCCCUCAAAUUCUGCCCAAAAUGUUGAGAAACCCCAAAAUCCUCGAAAUUCACACGAAAAUGCUGAAGAAAUCCUCAAAAUUUGCCCAAAAUGUUCCAAAUUCACCCCAAAAUGUUCGAAUUUCACCCCAAAAUCCCAAGAGACCCAAAAUGCCUCAAAUUCACCCCAAAAUCCUGAAGAAACCCCCCAAAUUUACCCCCAAAAUGUCCCAAAUUCACCCCAAAAUGCUGAAGAGACCCAAAAUGCCUCAAAUUCACCCCAAAAUCCUCGGAAUUCACCCCAAAAUGUAGAAGAAACAUCGAAAAUCCUUCAAAUUCACCCCAAAAUCCUGAGACCCGAAAUCCCUUAAAUUCACCCCAAAAUGUUCCGAAUUCACCCUAAAAUCCCAAGAGACCCAAAAUGCCUCAAAUUCACCCCAAAAUGCUGAAGAAACCCCCCAAAUUUACCCCAAAAUAUCCCAAAUUCACCCCAAAAUCCUGAAGAGACCCAAAAUCCCUUAAAUUUACCCCAAAAUCCUCUGAAUUCACCCCAAAAUGUAGAAGAAACAUCCAAAAUCCUUCAAAUUCACCCCAAAAUUGUGAAGAGCCCCAAAAUCCCUUAAAUUCACCCCAAAAUCCUUCAAGUUCACCACAAAAAACUGAAGAACACUAAAAUCUCUCAAAUUUACCCCAAAAUAAUGAAUGGUCCCAAAAUGCCUCAAAUUCACCCCAAAAU